CGCUUUGGUCACGAUGGGCAGCCCCAUUAAAUGGGAAAAAAUCGUUCAGGAAACAAACAAAGCGACCCUUGACUGUCAACUUCCCUGAGAAAAAACACACAGCACAGCGAGACCCUUGUAGGCUUUCGAGGAACCAUGGUGUGCGUGCCCUGCUUCAUCAUUCCACUGCUCCUUUACAUCUGGCACAAGUUCGUCCAGCCGAUCCUGCUGCGCUACUGGAACCCCUGGGAGAAGAAGGACGCCGAGGGCAACGUGAUCAAGAAGGGGCCCGAGUUCCCCUUCGAGUGCAAGGGCGGCGUGUGUCCCUUUGUGCCGGGUGCCGCCAAGAGGGAAGGCACUGCAGAAGGAGGACCCAAGGACCCGGACACCCCGCACUUGGCACCUGCAGCCGGCUCAACGGCGCCAGUGGACGAAGCGCAGAAGGCCAAGAAGGACAUUUAGUCGGAGCCCUCCACGAACUAUGCCCAACCUGCCCACGGAAUCCGCAUCUCCGCUUGCCGGCGAGAAAAGCGCACACAACGACACCACCAGGUCGACGUCGUCGUGCUGCGUGGGCGGUUGUUGGAUGGGGGCGUGGCCCCGAGGAGCACCUAGAACACUCGACAACUUAGCAUAAAUUAAACGUACACCCCGACCAUACGAA